ACGAAUUCGUCAUUCGGUCCUUCUAAAAUUUGACAGCCCUUUCCGGUUUAGUACCCGGGGCUAGUAGCCGUAGUUUUGGGUUUUAUUAUUUAAAAUCGCCCUCAAUCGAAUAAAAUGAGGAUCUAUAAGGACAUUAUUACUGGUGACGAGAUGUUCUCGGAUACAUACAGAAUGAAAUUAGUGGAUGAAGUGAUUUACGAAGUGACCGGCAAACUGGUGACGAGAUCACAGGGCGAUAUAAAAAUUGAGGGUUUCAACCCCUCAGCCGAAGAAGCGGACGAAGGCACGGACUCAGCCACUGAAAGUGGAGUAGAUAUAGUUCUUAACCACAGGCUAGUAGAGACAUAUGCCUUUGGUGACAAGAAGUCUUACACCUUAUACCUAAAAGACUACAUGAAAAAGUUAGUUUCAACACUAGAAGAAAAAUCUCCUGACCAAGUUGAUGUGUUUAAAACUAACAUGAACAAAGUAAUGAAAGAUAUCCUGGGAAGGUUUAAGGAGCUACAGUUCUUCACCGGUGAAUCUAUGGACUGUGAUGGGAUGGUUGCCAUGAUGGAAUACCGGGAACUCAAUGGAGUUUCUACCCCAGUGAUGAUGUUUUUCAAACAUGGUUUAGAGGAGGAAAAAUUCUAACAUAAUAUCUUAAGUGAUACUCAGCAUUAUUCCAGACUAACGCCUAUAUCCUUUUUAUUUAUUUACAAUCAUGUCCGUAUGGCUUCGGCUUUGGCUACUCCCCGUCAAAAGGCUGAACUUUUGUAAAGAUAAAAUGUUGCAUAUUAUUGUAAUAAAUUCAAUGAACAAUAA